AGAAAUAUUCUACCAUAUCGACAAGAACACCAUACUAUCCCUGUCCUUCUCACUCCCAUAUAUCUACGGAGGUCCGAAUAUCCAGGAACAAUUGUUUGGCGCUGCGAAUCGAACGUAGAAUGUCAUAGCAUGAGGGAAAUCUACUCGAUUCAUAACUUUCGGGUGGUGAAACAGAGUGAAAUUAUUUUGACAGUUGGGUACGUGCAUGUGAAGUCACAUUACGUACCAUAGAAUACUAUGAAAUAGAUUGGAGUACAAUUAUUGUAACAAUUGUUGUAUAGGACAAUCUUCUUAUUUUAUAUUAAAAUCCUGGUAGAAUUAAUUGAAAGUAGUCGAAAAAUAAUUUGAUAAUAAAAGACGUUUUAUAUUUGUCCUCUGUGAAACCAUGUUGAAACCAAAAGCUCUUACACAAGUACUUAGUCAAGCAAAUACAGGAGGAGUAGAAAAUACAUUCUUAUUAAACAGAGAUGGUGGUUUGUUAGCUUAUAGUGGAUACGGAGACAAAGAUGCAAGAGUUACGGCUGCAAUUACAAGCAAUAUUUGGUCAGCUUAUGAAAAAAAUGGACGUAAUGCAUUCAAAGAAGAUGAAUUGCAAUUUGUAUUAAUGGAUUGUGUGGAGGGGAAAGUCGUAAUUACUGAAGUAGCAAAUUUAUUGUUAUGUUUAUAUGCAAAAGAGAAUGUAGGAUUUGGUUUACUAAGAGAAAAGGCACAAGCUCUAGCAAGAUAUCUUGAUCAACCAUUAAAAACAAUAGCCAAUAUGCCUUGAACAACAUACUUAUGUAAGAGUAUUUUUCAUUAACUGUGCUAUAAUAUUAUAAUUGUAUAUUCUAACACUUAUAAUUUUUUGUAAAAAUAUAUGAUUUGUACUACUCUUGAAAUAAUAUAUUUUUAAUAAAUCA